GGCGAAGCUUGAGGAAGCCAUGAAGCAGAUUGCAGCCAAGGACGCGGCGUUGAAGGCAUCUGAGGAGCAUGCUGCCACGAUCGGCAAGCUGCAGGAGAAGAUCAAAGAGCUGGAGGCGAGCAAACCAAGUGAAGGCGGAGGACCUGCUAGUCAGGGUGAAGCAUCUGGGUUGGAGGAGGAGGUGAAGGAGCUGCGCAGUAAAGCCGCCAUGGUCGAUGAGCUGCAGACGAAGAUCAAGAUACUCGAGAGCAAGGCAGCCGAUCAACCCUCAACUGAGGGCAACUCGUCAGGCCAGGCUGAUCAGGACAAGCAGCUGGAGGAAGCUCGGGCGCUCCUGGCGAAGAAAGAGGCAGAGCUGGUGGAGGCAAAAGCUGCAGAGGAGAAAGCACGAAGCCUUGCACGGGAGCAAGAGGAGAAGCACAAGGCAGAGCUGGCAGAGAAGGAGCAAGCAUGGAAGUCACAGCAGCAGACGCCCGACAACGAGGAGCAUCUCAAGAAGAUCAUCGAGCUGCAGGGCGAGAACUCCAAGUACAAGGAAGAGAUUAUCCAGCUCAAGGGUCAGCUGGACCUUGCAAGGUUGGAGGCAGAGACCGCGAAGAAGGCCGGGUCAAAGGGAUGCAGCAUCCAGUAGAUGGACGUCAGAUUAACGCACUCCCUUCGCCUGCCAGUAUGCCUUUGUGCUCGCCUACCUCCGUCUUCCUCAUCCUCAGCCGCCCCCACCCGCCCGCUCCUCGCCUCGCCUCUCCACCAUCUCCUCCUCCUUCUUUACCUGCUGGCUAUAGACGAGAUGCUGAUAGAUUCUUACCGCGCGAUAUUCUGUGAAAGAUACUGCUGAUUCAAAAGUCGCGAAAGUUCCGCUGCAAGUUUCACAUCUUAUAUAAAAGAAUAACAGUUGU